CAUUUGCUGUUUAUAUCGUUUGCCAUUUGCUGUUUAUAUCUCAAUUAUUGAUGGAGUAUCCUGAUCACAAUGGGCCGCCCGCCGCGGUGAACGUGAACGUGGGGCCAUGGGCGCUGGUAGCGCACCGGUGCCUCUGUAGAACGAGGACCGGGGAGAGGUGCAAAAGAAAGACCAGACACCUCUCCCGCGUGUGCUACCAGCACCGCGACCUUUAUAUGCCGGAAGAGAUACUGGAAAUGGUGAAUCGACGAAGGCCACGCUGCCAGGCUAUAACACUCAAAGGCCUACAGUGUAGCAGAGAUGGAACAAGGAACUACGUUCUUCAAUACUGCACCCAGCACUAUGGGAUCCAUGCUGAGCCAGAAGUUCAAUCGGACUGAGGCCCAGCAGACGUGAAAUAAGAGCUACCAUCAUACAAGGACUCCCAGUAUACAACAUAUUCUAAAUUCAUCUGUAAAACCUGUAU